UAAGAAAAAGAUCAAAAUUCAAUCUUCAAAUACACAUAGAAAGAAAGAAAGCUUAAUCAUACAUAGAUAUGGCUUUGCAAUGGAUGAUACUCGGUUACAUCUUGGCAGCGGAGGCUGCCGUAGCGAUUCUUCUAACUUUACCGUCGCCUAAACUCGUCAAAUCUCGUGUUGUUUCAUUGGUUUCGCUAAUCCUUCAACCUGCUAUGUUCAUCAUUCCCUUUGCCGCUUUCCAGCUUCUGGAUAUCUACUGGAAAAAUGAACAUCGAUUGAUGUGCUCUGGAGAGUCAUGCACAACAGCUGAAAGGGAUCGCUACGAGAAAUCGAUAUACAAGGCUCAAAGGAACGUUCUUCUAAGUGCUGCAGCUUGUCUUUUAUACUGGUGUAUUUAUCGAAUUUGUAUGUACAAUAAGGAGAUUGAAAAUUUGGAGGAAGUUGAGAAGAGGAUCAAGGAUGAGUGAAUGAAUAGAAACAAUAAAGAGUAGACCCAAAAGAGUUGUUCAUUUCCUAAUCUUUUUAUGAUUUUGCUAAACUGUUUAUGUACUUGAGAGAUCUUUUAUGCGAU